AUGGCCCAUGCCCUUCUCCUCCAGCUUCUUCUGCUUUCAGCCCUGGCAGCCCCCUCCCAAGGCAACCGCCUCGGCCCCACCUCGAGUCUGCGUUAUUCUAGGUUCCUAGAUCCUUCUAAUGUCAUUUUCCUGCGCUGGGACUUUGACCUGGACGCUGAGAUCAUCGCUUUUGAGCUCCGGGUCCGGACAGCUGGCUGGGUGGGCUUGGGCAUCACCAAUCGCUACACCAGAGCAGGCAGCGAUCUGGUUGUCGGAGGGGUCUCGCCUGACGGUCAUGUCUAUUUCUCGGAUCAGCAUGUGGUGGAUGAAGACACCCUGGAAGAGGACGGGAGCCAGGACGCAGAGCUGCAGGGGCUGACAGAAGACGCUGUCUACACCACCAUGCGCUUCUCCAGGCCCUUCCGCUCCUGCGACCCUCAAGACCAAGACAUCACGAGUGACACUGUGAGGGUGCUGGCUGCCUACGGCCCUGAUGACACCCUGAAGCUGGAUCGGGAGCGGACGUUCGUGAAGUCCAUCUUCCUGCUCCAGAUCAUCCACCCCGACGAUCUCGACGCCCCCGAGGACACCGUCAUCCACGACCUGGAGAUCACAGAUUUCCUCAUUCCAGAGGAUGACACCACCUAUGCCUGCACCUUCCUCCCUCUCCCCAUCGUUAGCAAGAAGCAUCACAUCUACAAGUUUGAGCCCAAACUGGGACCUCACAACGAGACCAUGGUGCACCACAUCCUGUUGUACGCCUGCGGCAACGCCAGCGCCCUCCCCACGGGCAUCAGCGACUGCUACGGGGCCGACCCUGCCUUCUCCCUCUGCUCCCAGGUCAUCGUGGGCUGGGCUGUCGGGGGCACAAGUUACCAGUUUCCGGACGACGUGGGCAUCUCUAUUGGGACGCCCCUGGACCCCCAGUGGAUCCGACUGGAGAUUCAUUAUAGCAAUUUUCACAAUCUUCCCGGGGUGUACGACUCCUCGGGAAUUCGAGUCUACUACACGGCAAAGCUGCGCAAAUACGACAUGGGUGUCCUGCAGCUGGGCUUCUUCACAUUCCCCAUCCACUUCAUCCCCCCGGGCGCCGAGUCCUUCAUGUCCUACGGGCUGUGUAAGACGGACAAGUUUGAGGAGAUGAAUGGGGCUCCGGUGCUUGACAUCCAGGUGUAUGGCUACCUGCUCCACACCCACUUGGCUGGCCGGGCUCUGCAAGCCGUGCAAUACAGAAAUGGAACACAACUCCAAACAAUCUGUAAAGAUGACUCCUACGAUUUCAAUCUGCAGGAGACUCGAGAUUUACCUUAUCGCAUGGUCAUCAAGCCGGGAGAUGAAUUGCUGGUGGAGUGUCACUACCAGACGCUGGACCGAGACUUCUUGACCUUUGGGGGGCCCAGCACCAUUAAUGAGAUGUGCCUCAUCUUCCUCUUCUACUAUCCCCGAAACAACAUCUCCAGCUGCAUGGGCUACCCCGACAUCAUCUAUGUGGCCCAUGAGCUGGGGGAGGAGGCUUCAGACUCCAUGGAGGGCAUGAUGGCCAUGAACAAUGUUGAGUGGACCCCGGAAAGCAUUAAGAAGGCAGAGAAAGCCUGCAAGGAGGCCCAGCAGACGGUGAUAAUAAAGACCAUUGACGAGCUAGUGGAAAACACAACAGGCUGGAUUCCGGAAAUCGUCCCUACUCCCCGAGGCCCCUGCUUGGAGUCCUCCGGAGGCAAAGUGGAGCCCGAGGACCAAACCCCUGCUGGCUUCAGGGCUGCACCAAUGGCCCUCUCCGUCUCCAGCGCUGCUACUCCAAGUCGCCUCCCCCUGGCUGCCUUCUUGCUUGGGCAGGGGACCCUCUCUUGGCUCCUUGCCACCCUGCAGGCUGGAGUCUGAUACUGUCCCCUCACGUCAUGUACGCAGGCCCCUUUCUGCUCAAGCCUCCCCCUUUAUUAUUAAACAUAGAAACUCCCCUCCGCUUUGGCCCCCUAAAGUCCCCCAUCUGUGCCCCCGCCCCUGACCUCAGCCAUGACCCUGCAGGCCUGGGCGUGGAGCAGAUUCCAUAAAGCCUCUCCCAUGACAAGUGCUACAAUCCAUCCUUUAAAAUUUUAGAAGCAUUGGUGGGACCACACGUUUUCUAACCGAAUCUGGAUUCAAGGCUGGGUGAGGCAGUGGAUCUCUGGGCAGUCUGGGGCCCCAGCUCGUACAUUGGGGAGGCUUUGUGGGGAGGAGGGGGCUUGAAUGCAGAAGGGGUGCCCUGUAAACCCUCCUCAGCCCAUGUUGGCCCUGGAAGGGCUCCUAUUUCUCUUUCUUCCCCCGGCCAUGAGGCAGAGGCAACAAGCCACACCUGUGAUUUGUGGCAAAGGGAGGGGUUCUGUUUACAAGGGACAAAGACACCAAAUUAAAUAGAAUUCA